UGCUUGAUGAAUUUGUGGAUACGAAAGUAUUACUCAGAAAGAGAAUAACGUUGGACUGCAUAUAUACUAGCAAUGAGACUUUAAUUCAGUCUUCCUGGCUGAAAUGGAAUGGAUCGUCCUGGGAACUAAUUGUUUCUACUCAUAAGACUUAUGGAAUAUAUAUUUCAGAAAACUACAAGGGUAAAAUGACAUAUGUUGAGAAUUCUUCAUCCGACUUUUCUUUAACUUUGAAAAAUGCGUCAGUAGAAGACACUGGUACCUAUCUGUGUAAAUUUACUGUCUUUCCAAUAGGCACAGUGCAGAAAAGGAUAAUAGUUCAAACAGAUGGUUUUGGUGAAAUUAUUUCAUCAAAUAAUGAGACAUUUACAGAGAAUUCAAGUAUUAUUUUGACCUUCCAGUAUACUUUAAAAGGCAAUGUGAUUAACGUGACCUUAGAAAAAUGUACAGAUGGCAAGGUGGACACCAUUGCAUACUGUGAACUGAAAAUACAUGGAAGAAAACAGCUGACUUAUGGUUUUGAUUACUCUAAGCACAGUCUUGUGAACUGUUCUGACCUUCAUAGUGUCACCCUCAGCAUCCAGCAGGCCUCCAGAAAAGAUGAAGGCUUCUACAGAUGCUACUUUCAUACAGAGGAGCUGAACCAAGCUGUUGUAGUACAUAUGCACCUAAAACAAGGAAUUGCUUCACUUUCUACUGUCCUUCUCAUGUAUGGGUCAUCUUUAUUUACAAUCCUAGUAAUCCUUAGUACUGCAUUGGUAUGUAUUGUAAGGAAAUGGAAGCAUAAAAAACAAGAGAUUAAGCCAGCAACACCCACAUUGUGUCCAGUAUAUAGUUCCCAGCAGUCUGACAACAUGAAGGAAGAGCACAUUUAUGCCAAUUUUCAGCCAAAUUCACUCAGAGAUUAUCCAGCAGUUCAAGGACAUUAUAACUGAAGGGUUGCGUAUAUACAUAAUGCAAAUUGUAAUGCUGUAAUAUGGAUGAUCUACUUCAGUGGGCUGCUUGAAAAUUCAGUUUAGCAUAGCUAAGUAAUUCAAAUGUAAUUAUAAACAUCUGGAUUAUUAUUUUUGUUAUGUGUUCAGCUAUUAGAUUUAUGGAAUGUCCUUUGCACGUAAUGAAGCAAACUGUAAUGUCGCAUACAGACGAUCAGACAUUCCGACAAAAAAAACGUGGAUUUUUUUCUGAUGGAUGUUGGUUCAAACUUG